UAAUUGUAAACACGGAAGUAGGGCUCCUUCAGUCUCGUGCUAAAACCGGCUAGCUACCACAAGAGGCACUUGUUACUGAAACAUAUUUUGGCACUCCAACCACUAACUAAUUGAGGUUUAAAUAUGUAUAUACGUCGUGCUGCAGAAAAAUGAAGAGUCUGAGAGACAAUUUGACUACUUUUCGGCGCCUGGAAGUGCUCGGAUAGCUUGUGUUAGCUAGUUAGCAUUUGAGUGGAAUGGCAGAGAAAAAGGAGAAAAUAUUUCAGUUUGUGAUCGUAGGAGGAGGCAUCGCGGGUGUGACAUGUGUUGAGCAGCUAACAUCCCAGAUUCCUUCAGCUGAUGUGGCUCUGAUCACAGCAGGUCCACACAUCAAGGCAGUGACCAACUAUAAGCAGGUGUCCAAAACCCUUGAAGAGUUUGAUGUGGAAGAGAAACCAUCCAGUGUUCUGGAGGAAAAAUUUCCCAACCUGACUGUCAUCCAUUCUGCUGUCAAAUCAGUUCACACAGAAACACAUUCUGUAGAAACCACAGACGGUCGGGUUUUUGGUUAUGAGAAGUUGUGUAUCUGCAGCGGUGGCCGACCCAAACUCCUGACCCAGAAAAAUCCUUAUGUGCUGGGGAUUCGAGACACAGACAGUGCCCAGGAAUUUCAGAAGCGUUUGUGCAAAGCAAAGAGAAUUGUUAUUGUUGGAAAUGGAGGGAUUGCUUUGGAAUUAGUGUAUGAAGUGGAGGGCUGUGAAGUGAUCUGGGCUGUGAAGGACAAGGCCAUAGGAAACACCUUCUUUGAUGCUGGAGCGGCACAGUUCCUCAUCCCAUCCCUCGAGGCUGACAAACCAGAGGUAGCUGCUCCCUGCAAGAGGACUCGCUACACUACAGAAGAACCAGCGCCUGGAGCCUCACAGACCUUCACAGCAGAUAGAAGUUCACGAGGACAUGGUUCUGGUCCUACAGAGCCAGGCAGUGCUCUGGGUCCAGACUGGCAUGAAGGAAUUGCUCUUCGAGGAGCCCAGCAGGUUUCCCGCAGAGUUUCAGUGGAAUACCAGUGCGAAGUGGAAAAGAUCCUCACCUCUGAGGAGCUCCUCAAUUCCCCACAGCAAACACUAAGACCCGAGAGCGUAGGAUCCUGGCCAGUUUACAUCCAGCUGACCAAUGGCAAAACAUUUGGCUGCGAUUUCAUUGUCAGUGCCACCGGUGUCGUGCCAAACACCGAGCCAUUUCUCCAUGGCAACAAUUUUUCAGUGGCAGAUGAUGGCGGCCUGCAAGUAGACGAUCAUAUGAUGACGUCAGAGCCAGAUGUGUACGCAGCAGGAGACGUUUGCACUGCAUGCUGGGAGCAUAGUCCGCUAUGGCAGCAGAUGCGUCUGUGGACUCAGGCCCGUCAGAUGGGCUGGUACGCAGGCCGCUGUAUGGCAGCAGAGGCCCUGUCAGAACCCAUAGAGCUGGACUUCUGCUUUGAACUCUUCUCCCAUAUCACCAAAUUCUUCAACUACAAGGUGGUCUUGCUGGGAAAGUUUAACGGGCAGGGGCUGGGGCCGGACCAGGAGCUGCUGCUACGCUGCACCAAGGGCCAGGAGUACGUCAAGGCUGUGCUCAGCGGAGGCAGGAUGGUGGGAGCGGUGCUGAUUGGGGAAACAGAUCUGGAAGAGACUUUUGAAAACCUGAUCCUGAACCAGAUGGAUCUGACGCCAUACGGAGAGGAGCUGCUCAACCCCAACAUCGACAUAGAAGACUACUUCGACUGAGCUUAGACUUUGGGAUAUCUCUGCAGGCUGAACAAUUAUGCAAGGUAGAGGACAGUGAUGAGGAAGUCAGACUGGAAGAAUGUCUAAGGAAACAAGUCGUGCAUUCUGUCACGUCUGUGCGAUGUGAGAAACAGAUUAUUUUGCUGUUUGUAAAUCAAAAAUUUCAUUUUUUUGCUGUAACAUUAAAUUAUUUGCGGAACCACAUGUAGUAAAUUGCUGUUUGAAUCA